AUGUGGUACAGACCACCUCCGUCUAUGCGGAAUUCCCUCAAAACUCGUGAAUUCUUAGCUGAUUAUGAUGAACUUGUGAAAGAACUCUCUGCAAGUUCGUCCAAAGUCCUCUUACUCGGAGAUUUCAAUAUUCAUGUAGACAUUCCAAGUAAACCUGAGGCAAUGGAGUUUCUCUCAUCCCUUGAUGAAGCUGGCCUUUGCCAACACAUCCAGGGACCUACCCACAGGUGCGGUCAUACGCUCGAUCUGAUUAUUUCUAAGGACAAUGAUGAUUCCUUUGUGAAUUCCUGCUGGAUUCGAGAGAAGUUAUAUUCUGAUCAUCAUUUUCUUGGCUGUGUACUUGACGUGGCAAGACCAAAGUUACAGAAUGUGACAUCUGUUUCCCGUAAUUUCCGUAGCCUCAACAAGGAUUCUCUGUGUUCUAAGAUAGCUGAAGCAUUUGUGGACUUUCCUUUUCAAGGUACUGCAGAUGAACAUGUUACAUUUUACAACAAUGCAAUCUUUACAGUACUGGAUACCAUGUGUCCAGCCACCAAAAGGACCCACAAAUUUCGUUCUCAUCCUCCAUGGUAUAGUGAUGAGAUUUAUGAAGCGAGACGUACUAGACGAAGGCUUGAAAAGGUGUGGUCUAAGAAUCGCACCACUGAUAAUCGUCAUAAAUACCUGAACCAGAUCCACAUGAUAGACAAGCUUGUCAAGCAAGCAAAGUCAUCAUUCUACAAUGACCAAUUGAGUGAUGCUGAUGCUAAGAAAAUAUAUGGCGCUCUGAAUGUGCUCUUGGACAGGUCUCCGAAAAUCCUUCCAGUACAUGCGUCUGAUCAAGAUCUCUCCAACAGAUUUGCCACUUAUUUUAGCAGUAAAGUUUCACUGAUAAGAGAGGCUUUAUUAUCAGUUUCUCCCUCAACUGAUCCUACUCCGCCUGUUUCGGAAGAUCUUCACCCUGGACAUGUUGGAGAAAAUCCUGCCGCAAGUGGAGGCGAGCUAUCAGCCUUUGUAUCCGCGUCAGCUGAUACCGUCAGGAAGAUUAUCAUGUCAUCGCCAAGUAAAUCUUGCUCACUUGACCCUUUUCCCGUGUGGUUGGUGAAAGAGAAUAUUGACACAUUUCUUCCAUACAUUGUGUCAAUUGUCGAAACGUCACUGAACUCUGGACAGUUUCCAUCACCACUGAAGGAUGCUGUUGUCACGCCUCUCACCAAGAAACCAACUUUGGAUCGAGACGAUCUGAAAAACUAUCGCCCGGUAUCGAAUCUACCUCUUUUUUUAUCUAAGGUGAUCGAAAAAACAGCUCUUAGUCAGCUCUCAGAACAUCUAUAG